AUGGCCGCUAGCACCACAGUAUCGCCACUGGCAAAAUACAAAUUGGUGUUCCUGGGAGACCAGUCUGUUGGCAAGACCAGCAUAAUUACACGUUUCAUGUAUGACAAGUUCGACAAUACUUACCAGGCAACCAUCGGCAUUGACUUUCUUUCCAAGACAAUGUAUCUUGAGGACAGAACAGUGAGGCUUCAGUUGUGGGACACAGCAGGGCAGGAGCGCUUCAGGAGCUUGAUCCCAAGCUACAUCAGAGACUCCUCAGUUGCUGUCGUGGUGUACGACGUGUCCAACCGGCAGUCAUUCCUCAACACAGCCCGAUGGAUAGAAGAGGUCAGGACUGAGCGUGGCAGUGAUGUCAUCGUCGUUCUUGUGGGCAACAAGACAGAUCUGGUAGACAAAAGGCAAGUUUCCAUCGAGGAGGGAGAUGCCAAAGCACGCGAGUUUAAUGUCAUGUUCAUUGAGACCAGCGCGAAAGCUGGCUUCAACAUCAAGGCACUGUUCAGGAAGAUUGCAGCUGCACUCCCCGGGAUGGAGUCCCUGUCGGCGGCAAAGCAGGAAGACCUUGUGGAUGUGAACUUGUCAGCUACAGCAAAUAGCGGCAGGGGUGCCGCCUCGUCUGCUCCCUCCAGCUGUGCCUGCUAG